CGAGGACAACACCUUCAAAGAGCGACCCUCCGAAUCGGACGAGCUGCAGACCAUCCAGGAACACAGCGGAGCGGCUUCAGAGUGCGGGUCGGAGAGCGCCGAACAGGACCUAGACUAGGAUAGCUUCAUUUUCCCCAUCCCUCCCUACUCGUUUCUCUUUUCCCUACUCUGUUUUUCGCUCUCUCAUAUAUACGUGAGAGACAAGAGCCCUGCAUUUGACAAAUACAAAUACAAAUAUACUACCAACCACUACUACAGCCAUGGCAUCCGCAGGCAGCAGGAAGAAGAGCCCCGGCCUUCUGGAUCAGAUUGGAAAGUUCUUUGAAGGGGACAAGAAGAGGAAGAGCAAGGGAUCGUUCCGGGGUGCUCUCUCUCCGGGCCCCCAGAAAGCCUCUGGAACCGCCCCUCGUAAGCGCGGGGCGGAGAACGCUGUGGUCCACUUCUUCCGCACGAUCGUGUCCCCUGCCCCUCCCAAGUCUAGGUGGAGAGGACUAGCAGCCAAGAUGGGCCUGGGUGACCAGAAGUCACAGUCUGCUAAAGCCAAGAAGGCCAGUGCAGGGGACGGAAAAGGCUCCCUGACUAGGAUCUUCAAAAUGUGAUGAUAUCGGCAGCGGAGGAAGCAGGAGUGCUUCUCCAGCCAAACGCUGAAGUCCCCCCUCUACAACCCCUUCCAACAGCACGAGGGCAGAUGUUCAAGAUCGCGGGGCAAAAGUAUUGAAAAAGAGGAAAAGAAGAAAAGGAAGAAAUCUCGUCACCCCCUAAAAAUCACCGUCCCCUCCACCUCUGAUAACACUCUAACGUACGCUAAAUCCCUCGUUUGCCCUAUUACCUCCCCAUUCCUUUGGCUGGUAGAUAGCGACACAAUCUGUUGCCCCCCACCCCCCCACCCCACCCCACACCCCAACCCCUUUGCAUGCGUUGUUGCUGAUCUUGCAGUCGUCCUCAUUAGCGUAAACCUUUUGCUGAAAUUGACCCCAAGCCGCUCACAUGUCAGCCCCAAAUGCCCCCCCCCCCCCCAAUGGCUCUCUGUACUCGUGCUUGAGUUUCUGUGGACGUCUCCGAUGGUUCCUCUAACAAAAAGGUUGGCUGAACCGAAGCACACCCGGGGCAGGUGAAGGAUUACGGCCGGUGCAAGUCCAACUGACUUGACCGUCAUCGCCGCUUGCUGAUUGGGUGAAAAGGCCGGGUUGUUUGGUUGUUUCUGUUUUUGUUUUUUUUAAAAGAGCGGUUUUCUGUCUCGUCUUCCUGUCUUUGUCAUUCCCCCUCCCCCCCGCCCAGAGCAUAAACCUAUGUGUGUUUAACAGAUUUUACUUUCUCAUGAGAGCCAUUUGUUCGCAGUGUGUUUUCAUUCAACCUUUGUGUCUUAGCCGUAGUUAAGCGUCCUGUCAUAAAUGUUAUUUGUCGUUAGGGCCUCAGGCUAGCUGUGGAGAUUUUUUUGUUAAAAAUGUCAUUUCUAAACCGUCUUAAUAAUAUUUUCUGCAACAGUCACUCAAAGAAAACAAAUAAAUUAGUCAUUUCUAAUGUAUCAUUUACAUUAGAAAAUGAUACAUUAGAAAUUUACAUUACAUUUCUAAUUUACAUUAGAAAUUUACAUUUAUUUUUCAGUUUGUGAGAUAAUGGUACGCGCUAAUUUUUCCUCUCCAUACAUGUGACUGAUUAAUGUUGUAGUGCACUGUUUUUUCCACCUUUAAUAACCGCCAGACCUUGGAGGGGGCCGUUGUUGCCGGCAGCAUGAUGCCAGAUUCAGACCUUUCCUCUUCGCUUUAAUGUAGUCUAGGUUUCUCCUUCGUCUUCGCUGUUUCUAUCUCCUGCACGGCACGCAUACUGUACAUUAAAAUCCCAAACUCCUCGCUCAACAACAAGUGCCUUUCCUCCUGACUACCAAAACAAUGUGCUGUGUUGCCUUUCUGUGGAUAAUUUUCAAAAAAAACACAAUUUCAAAAAGGUGCUCUGUAACUAACUCUGCAGUGGCCCGUUGUAAGGUGUUUCCUGGGAAUGUGUAAGUUGCAAGUUUUCAACGAUAGAAAAGCUCAGCACCACCACUGGUGCUGUUCAAAACAUCCAUCUUCUACGUGUU